CAUGAAGUGUGCUUUGUUCUUAAUUGUAACAUUCCUCUGUGUUACCAAUCUUACCGAUGCUAGAGAGAAGGAAAAUGAAAUAAGAUUCGGUAAAGGGAGAUAUGAUAUAAAGAAACAAUGUUGGAAGGAAAAACCUACAAAGCCACGCUUGGAGGCCCGUUCUGAGUGUCAGUCUUUGACAGUCAGGAGAAAGAUUCUUCGUGCCUUGAAACGGAGGCCAGGAAUAAGGGAGUAUCUUGAGCAAAAGUCACGUGACUGUAAACGAAGGAGAUAUACUGGACUGAAAAACGUUUGUCCGCACAAAUUCCAGUAUGUAACAAGGAUAGUGAGAUACAGAAAAUCAUGCUAUGUUGUAUUUCCGCACAGGCAAUGUAUAACAUACGCUAACUGUGAAAAGAAAGAGGGUUGCUCGAAAUCUGGUCGCGUAAAGAGUGCUUGUUUACCUGAUCGACACCGCAUUUUCAAUGUCUGGGUUUACUGUGUAGACAAGUAUAGAUUUGAACUGGUAACCUUGGAGUUACCUCAGUGCUGUACCUGCAGAGAAUACUCGCUUUGCGAUGGAGAUGGUGGUGGCGGUGGCGACGGUGGUGGCGGUGGCGACGGUGGUGGCGGUGGCCCUGGAGGACUAUAAUGAUACUAUAGUUAUCGUAAUGUGAGCAUAGGAUGGAAUGAAAGUUUUGAAGCACUAAAGAAAGUGAAAAAAAAAGUGAUGGCAGAAUCUUACAAGUUUCUAGAGAAGCACAGCCUUUAACACGUUAUAAAGUUUUGAUU